CCGGGGCUCUCCGCCCGGCGCACACGGGAAGCCCCGCUCCUUCGGCCGGAUGCUGCCGCCCUUCCCGUCCCUGCUCGGGAAGCUGGUUGUGCUGGGGCUGGCCGUGCUCCUUGCCGUUCCCUUGGGCGGGGCCUUCUGCUAAGGCAAAUAUGUUUCACCUUGUACAGCGAUGUUGUUCCCACAUACCUUUAAAACUCCAGAAGUUGACCCUUCACAGACAGCUACAGUAUGGAAGGAAUAAGACAAUUUGUUCUUCUCCUCUCAGUAUCCCUCUGCAGAGAGUUCUUUCCCGUCCGUUGAGAUCUCAGCUCCUCACCAAGGCCUCAGCCUGUGUAACCAAGGCCCAGGGAUUCCAUUGCUCCCUCCGCUGCUUAAAGAAAAAGAAACCAGAAGAACCUGAACCCCAACUGGGGCUUCUGCGCCAUGAUAUGAGGUCACUAAAGGACUCACCAAAGCCUGCCUUUUACCUGGGCCUUGCAGGGUUGAUUCCAUUUGUUUCAGUGCCACUGAUAAUGGCUAUCCAACAGACCUACUACGCUGAGCUGGCAUUUGCUCAAAUUACAUAUGGGGCCACUAUAGUCUCUUUUCUAGGAGGAGUCAGGUGGGGAUUUGCUCUCCCAGAAAAUAGCCCAGGCAAUCCUGAUUGGAUGAACUUGGGGAACAGUAUAGUUCCCCCUUUAUUAGCCUGGUUUGCCAUACUUUUUAAAGAUGACCUCACUCAAGCUGCAAUCAUGGUGAUAAUUGGUUUAGGGGUAGCAUUACAUUAUGACCUUGCUGUUCUUCCUACUUAUCCCAGCUGGUUUAAAGCCCUCAGGGUAUUACUAACCAUGGUGGCAGUAUUUUCAUUGGUAGCCACCUUGGGACUUAUGGAUGUUUAUCCAGAGAAGCAGCUAAGGAACAGUGCAAGUAAAAGUAAAUGAAAGUGAAUCAUCAUAAACCAACAGACAAGAGAUUUUUUUUUUUUUUCUGUCAAGCCACUGCAGAGUUUUGUAUGAAGUUCUAAUGGGAGUAAAAGAAACUGCUUAGCUUCUCCAUGCUUGCAGAACUAGAGCCAUGAGUGGAAAUCAGAAAACAGCAGCUUGCAAGACGCUUACUUUGGGAGCAACCAGUUUCCAAGCAAGUUGAGCAGAGGAUUUAUAUAUACACAUUAUUCACUUUCUUUAGAUUGUUUUCAAGACAGGUAUGCAUCUUCCCUUAUUUGUACAGCAAGAGCCCAAUCCCGACAGAUCUUUGGGUACUACCGUAAUAUAUUUUUAAAUGUUUGGGGGUAGAUUAAACUCCUUGUGUACUAUGAAGAAUAAUUAUUAAAACAAGGAUAGGUCAAGAGGCUUAAUUAUAAGGUGUGCCAAGUUCUGCAAUGGAAGGAAUAAGGUCAUAGCUUUUGUAAAUGUUAAGAAGCCUUUUAGCUGAAAACCAUGGGAUGAAAGCACUUCCUGUUCCCACUGAAAAUGGAACAAUUACUGCAUUAUACUUAAGUUUGUAGACAAUUGGAAGAUUCAUGAUGUACAAGGUUAUUAUAUGUACAGCUGCUUUUUUUUUUUCUUUUUUGGUAAUGCUGUUUGUAAAUACCACACCUACACCACCCCAGGACAAGAUUCUUCCCUGACCCAAAUUCUACUGACGAGAAAAUAUACACUAAACAUGGUAAAUGAUUUAAGAGUUGGUCACUAAACAACACAUAUAGGUAAGGUUGGUUUGUCAUGUCAAGCUCGAGAUCAGUGUUUAGCAGGGGUCUCAAACACACAGCCCCUGGGGUUAUUUUCUGUGGCCUACCAGCUCCCUGCAGCACCCCACCCCCUCCGCAUUUACCUACAGCAGCUCCAGCCCGCGCUACUCCAGGAAGCGGCCAGGACCUGGGAGGGCGGAACCCUGGUCUGUGUGUUGCCCUGGCCAGCCCUCCAGGUACCUCCCCUGAAGCUCCCAUUGGCUGCAGUUCCCCAUUCCUGGCCAAUGGGAGCUGUGGGGGGGCGGUGCCUGGAGGCAUGGCCAGGGCAACACACAGACCCCUGUGCCUCCCACCACAGCCCCUGGCCACUUCCCCGAACAGUGUGGGGGUAGGGCAGGCAGGCAAGGAGCCUGCCCUGCCCUGCCCCGCCCCGCCCCAGGUGCGCACCAGGCCAGACCCACCCCCUGAAUGCCUCCUGCAGCUGAACCCCCUGCACUGAGCCCCCUCCUGCACCCUGCCCUGAGCCCCCUGAUGCACCCCAGCCCCCUGCCUUGAGCCUCCUUCCACACCCUGCACCUCUCCUGCACGCCCUGGGGGUUGGAAUGGGGGCAGGGAAGAGGUGGGGCCUCAUGGAAGGGGUGGAGUGGGGGCGGUCAGUUGUGCAGCCCCUGGGCCAAUGUACUAGUCCUCAUGGUCAUUUGAGUUUGAGACCCCUGAUCUAAAGUGUGUUGGAGACACUAAGAGCACCCCAAGUCCAAACAGCACCCUGUCAUGAUAUUUACGCAAAAGAUGGCAUGUAAUAUAUCUUUAGAAAACUAAUAACUCACUGAUCAUUAAUAUUCUUGCAUGAUAUAUGUAUGGUCAACCCCAAGAGAACUUUACAGCUAUUUCCAGCAUAUGUGACUAAAAUGUAUUUAAACCUGG